AUGAAAGCCUUUAGCAUCGGGCAUCUGUUAAAAUCCUCUACAUUGAUUAAAAUCUUUUGUUUCUUUCUGCUAUCAACGGCUUUCUUCUACUUCGGCAAGCACUGGUCCGAUGGUUACCAACAGCUUGUCUUCUUCAGCUCGAGGCCUUUCGCCUCAGGCAAAAUUCCUACUGUUUCUGUGUCCCCAAAUGCCAACAAAACCUUCGAUCUAUCAUCUCUUAUCAACGACACUAGCCAAAGCCCAGUGGCCUCUGAUCAAGCACUAUCUCUAACUCCGCCGACGCGGGAUCCGGCGCCAGUUGCUUCGACUCCUCCACCACCGCCGCCGCCACCUCCACCGCCGCCGCCGCCACCUCCACCGCCGCCUCCGCCUCCGCCACCGCCGCCGCCGACGUUGCAGAGGUUCGGGAUUGUGGACGAGAAUGGAACUAUGUCGGAUGAGUUUGAGGUUGGGGAAAUUGAUCCUGAUGUGGUGGACAACUGGGGAAAUGAGAACAAGACGGACGUUCUAGAUACUCGCCGGGGGAGGUCUAGAGUGGUGGUUAAGAAAUUUGGUCUAUGUCCGGCUAAUAUGAGAGAGUAUAUACCUUGUUUAGACAAUGUGGAGGCUAUUCGGCGGUUGAAUUCUACUGAGAAAGGUGAGAAAUUCGAACGUCAUUGUCCAGAAAAAGGUCAGGGAUUGAAUUGUUUGGUUCCCCCACCUAAGGGUUACAGAACCCCAAUCCCCUGGCCAAGGAGUCGCGACGAGGUAUGGUUCAGCAAUGUUCCCCACGCACGUCUAGUUGAAGACAAAGGGGGUCAAAAUUGGAUAAAAAUAGACAAGGACAAAUUCAAGUUUCCUGGAGGCGGCACACAGUUCAUACAUGGCGCGAAUCAGUAUUUGGAUCAGAUUUCAGAGAUGGUCCCUGAUAUAGCAUUUGGUAGACGCACUCGGGUGGUUUUAGAUGCAGGAUGUGGUGUUGCAAGUUUUGGUGCAUAUUUGCUGUCACGGAAUGUACUCACCAUGUCUGUAGCUCCAAAGGAUGUACAUGAGAAUCAGAUCCAGUUUGCACUGGAGCGUGGAGUGCCUGCUAUGGUUGCAGCAUUUGCAACUCGGCGGUUGUUGUAUCCAAGUCAGGCCUUUGACUUGAUACAUUGUUCAAGAUGUAGAAUUAAUUGGACUCGUGAUGGUAUGCUUUAUGCUCUCAAACACAAUUCAAUUCUCAGUUCAACUCAGCUAUGCCUUUUCCCAACUACAUAUGGAAUUUUGUUGCUUGAGGUCAAUAGGAUGUUACGUGGAGGAGGAUACUUUGCUUGGGCAGCACAGCCUGUUUAUAAGCAUGAAGUGCUGCUGGAAGAACAGUGGGAAGAGAUGACUAAUCUUACCAGUCGCCUUUGUUGGAACCUUGUAAAGAAGGAAGGGUAUAUUGCAAUUUGGCAGAAGCCAUUCAACAACAGUUGCUAUCUAAGUCGUGAAGCUGGAACUCAACCUCCCCUUUGUGACACAGAUGACAAUCCAGACAACGUCUGGUAUGUUGAUAUGAAAGCAUGUAUCACUCGAUUACCUGAGGAUGGUUCUGGAACAAAUAUCACCACAUGGCCAGCACGCCUUCAUGAGGCUCCUGACAGGCUGCAGAGCAUACAAAUGGAUGCAUAUAUAUCCAGAAGAGAGCUCUUCAGGGCAGAAUCAAGAUACUGGAAGGAAAUAAUAGCAAGCUUUAUCCGUGCUUGGCAUUGGAAAAAGUUGAAACUUCGAAAUGUGCUGGACAUGAGAGCUGGUUUUGGAGGGUUUGCAGCAGCAUUAAUUGAUAAUCAAAUUGAUUGCUGGGUUCUAAAUGUGGUUCCUGUUAGUGGUCCAAACACCUUGCCUGUCAUCUAUGAUCGUGGGCUUCUGGGAGUCAUGCAUGAUUGGUGUGAGCCAUUUGACACAUAUCCAAGAACCUAUGAUUUAUUGCAUGCGGCUGGCCUUUUCUCUAUUGAACGAAAAAGAUGCAGUAUCUCUACCAUUAUGCUUGAAAUGGAUCGAAUUCUAAGACCUGGUGGACGUGUAUACAUCCGCGAUACUCUCUCUGUCAUGGACGAGCUUCAAGCAAUCGGGAAGGCCAUGGGUUGGCAAGUAGCAUUGCGAGAGACUUCUGAGGGCCCUCAUGCAAGUUAUAGGAUCUUGACAUGUGAUAAACACUUACUGAGGGCUUGA